UGGUGGUAUUGUUUACUUCAAUUAUUGCAGUAUACAUAGUCUCCAAUAAUCCAAUGCGAUAUCGUAAUGCUUUGCUGAAACUCUUUGGGUUGGGCAUCCAAUAUUUAACACCCAAAGAUUUUUAUUUCACCCUCUUUGUCGCGUAUUGUGAGGCUGACAUUCCUUUCGUCUAUCGGAAAGUACGACCAGAGCUGGAACUGUGUAAUCAGCCUGUGCGUCUGUUUCUGAAGGAUCGGGAUGUUCUUCCAGGCGUUCCUAUCGCCGACGGUAUUAUUUGCGGUAUCACGUACAGCUGGAAGUCUGUUCUGGUGAUUUCAGAUGACUUCCUUCAAGAUUGUUCUCAAUGGUCACACUUUACCAUUGAUGCAGCACUUUACUCGGUAACGGAUCUGAUUCCUAACCGGAUCAUUUUGUUACUUGUGGGCCCCGUGCAGGUGGAGGACCUGCCUGAGCGUCUGCUGAAUGUUGUAGAGGAGAAGUGCAUAUUGCGUGCAGAGGAUUACCAGGACAGGGACGAGACUCUGUGGAAGGAUCUUAGAAAAACUGCUGGAAUAUAAAAUGACAAAAGGUUUUAGUACGACAUAGUAAUGACAAUAGCAAGAGUGUUCUUAUACAGUACAACCAGAAAUUAUUGAGAAUUUAAGAUGGUAUUUUUUUUUUUUCACUCAUUACUCACGUAUCAAAUGUGAAUAUUAGUAGAACAUAACUCCAGAUUCAAAGA